AAGUUUUUUCAACACCGUCCCGGUACAAGAGGGACCCGAUUACUGAAAUAAUUGACCUAUAUAUUGCUCUGGAAGUGGUACCUGAGGUUAGUAACUUUGACGCUGAAGUUGCCCUAAAAAAUCUAAUCGACAGAUAUUUGGAAACCUUGGAAACUUGUAUAUCUAAACUGAAAAAGCUUGAGGAACUCAAACUCGAAAGUCCAUUGAAAUGGUAUACGAAAGAUGCUGAAGAUGGCAUCACGAAAAGACAGUAUGACCCCGGUGGUUGUUAUAAAGAUAAAACACUCUUGGGAAAAUUAGCAAAAUCUGAA